GUCUGCAGUCUUUCCCAGCAGUGAGUCAGUGAACAAACUUCCUCUACAUUAGCCUGAAUCCCUCCUUUCCAUUUGAGUGGAAAAGCACCACCCGAGGCGAGGAGAGGGAGGCAGAGGUGGGGCUCUCUGACAGUAAAAGACCUCUCUGUCUGGCCUGUGGCCUGCAGCCAGCCAGGCAGCAGCAGAGACGUGUCACACCAGGUAGCUGCUCGAGGAAGACGUAUAUCAUGAAACCCAUAUACUAAGGUUCAAAUUCAUGAGCUGAGAGUCCUGCAGGACACGCUGUGAAUGACUGUGCCAUAAAUUGCUCAUAAAACUCCUGCCACCUUUGAGCUUCACACAAGGACUCUACGCCAGAUCUUGAGGACAGAGGCUGGACUUUGACUCGGGAGUCGUCAUAUAAAUUAGAGGAGAAGGCAUAAGGGGGUCAUUUUACUCUAGAGAGAGGAAAAGAGCGAGGCGAUGGCCAUGUGGAGGACGGCAGGAGCUCUUCUGCUCAUACUACACACAGGUAAGAAAAAAAUUCUCAAAUAAGUUAUUAAAAAAAUCUCAGUUUGGCUUUUCUUGAUAAACGUUAACUCCUAAAAACAUAAAGUGGGAUUAUAGAUGUUUUUUUGUACACAUGGUCUUUGUGGCUCUCCGUUCUUGAUUCUUUUUAUCCGUGCUGUGUCACUUUGACCACAAAUUCAAGGCAAAGUUUCUUCUUUAGGUUUUUAUGUGUCCCUCUGUCUUCCAUCUUACAACAGAUGUAUGAGAGGUACAGGUUUAUCCAGUAAAAGCUAAGUAACGUGUUUUCUAAGAGAGGUCAACUCCUCUUGAGCAGAAAAAGGAACUUUUUUUCAUGUGCUUCGUUUUUAGACUCUCUGAUUUGUGCCCCAGUGAAGAAGCAUGUGACCCCCUUCAAUUUGAGCACAAGGACCAAAGUACUGCUCCAUUAUGUUUUGACCUGUUGCUCAAGUAUGAUGGCCUUGAUAAGAAAGCAGGAAAGGAAAAUAUUCAGGCACAAUUUUCACAAGCUUCCAGGAACCUCCUGACUCCAUCACAUAAAUUUAAUUGUCUGUUUCAAGCAAAAAUGAUGGUCAUCUUCUCUGUUUAUGAACUGGUGAAGUAUGCUGUAUUUCACAAUAAAACUCCUCAUAUCAUGUGACUGUUAAAUGGAAGAACUAGGGCUGGGCGAUAUGGCGUUAAAUCAAUAUCACGAUAUCUUGAGCAGUUCACCUUGAUAAUAAAUGGAUGAUAACUACUCCACAAGCUGCUCACACCCUUCCACAUUAACUCUGUCUACUUCAGCCGCUACAACUUUUGAAUUGUCCUCCAUCUCCUCACCUGUCUUUCCCUCUUUGUUACGGACUGGAUGGGGUGGAGUCACGUCUCCGACAUAGGACAGCGUCUUAUAAGGACAUGAGACCAUAGCCUACCUACACACAUCCAAAAACAACUUUUAUUUUUUUUGUUUACACCGAAUAUAUUGACACGGGAAAAAUGACGUCGGUUAUUGUCAUGAAUUUCAGUAUCGGUAAAUUUUCGGUUUAUCGCCCAGCCCUAGAAAGAACUCAUUUGUUCCAUGUCCGCCUUAUCAGUAUGUCGACAUAAAACAUUUGUUGGAAUAACCUAAACGUGGAGAAUAUGUCUGUGUAUCUUUCUCAGUUUUAGGGCAGAGCACCAUCAAGUGGUGCACCAUCUCAGAGGCAGAGCAGAGGAAAUGUCAGGCCAUGUCACAGGCUUUCUCUCAAGUCUCCAUCCGUCCAUCCCUCAGCUGCAUCAACGGACAGACAUCCGACGGCUGCGUUCAGAAACUUCAGGUGGGAAACCAUCAACAGACUUUUUACUUCAAUAAAUCUUCAACCUAAUAGGAAGUUACUCAUUGUUACUGCUUUUGUAAACUAUUUCAGCACCUUUUAAUUCACGCUAGAUGGCUCAUUAUAGAGCUUAUUAAACUGCACUCAUAAUCUGGCCUUAGACAACAAAGCAGAAGCUCUUUGGACAGCUGGGAUGAGCAGGUUAAUAAGCAAUACAGUUACUAGGAAGCACAAAGAAAACAGGGUUUAUAAUCAUCACUGGAAAAUAUCUGAUCGAAGGAACAGGGUGUCCUAUAACAGAAGUGAAACUGAGAGGAAAAGUGAGGCUUUCACAUUUCUUCAUGAAGAUUAUAAGAAAAUACCUAGUCAGCUAAAAUGUUUAGUAAAAAUAUUUUUUGACAUUUUAAAUCUCUGAUCUAAAAGGAAAAUGUUUUCUCCUAAAAGCCCCAAAAAGUCGAUGAUUCUGCUCAAAAUCUUGCAAGUCUCUUGACAACAGGGCUUUCAACACUUCUCCCAGGUAUUACAGCUUUUAUGUGAUAUCAGGAAACAUAACAAUUCUUCCCAUCUGUGUUUCUGCAGAGAAAAGAAGUAGACGCCUUUUCGACGUUUGGCUCUGACAUCUACAGGAUGGGAAAGACGGCGUCCUUCAAGAUCGCUGCCAGUGAAUCAAAAGCUGACCGUGAGUCAAACAACAUAUUUUUGUAAUUUUUGUUUUCAUCUUUGGUUUAUAAUGUCCAUUAGGACUUCAUAAAAUUAAACUUCUUGCUGUAAAAAACACGCAGGCUCAUGAUAAAGAGGAACUUUCUAUAUUGUUGCCUCAUGUCUGGUGAAAUUUUGAAGCUCCUUCAGUGAUGACACAUUAGUCAAAGUAACACUUGACAAUCUAGGCUAAAUCAGAUUAAUUUAAUGCUGGGAUGCUCUGAGUUGAACAUUGACAUUUUAAAACUCAAAUGAUACUCUGCACUGCCUCUUAUUCCCAUUCCCUGAUAAUAAAAGCUCAGAUAGGGCCUGAAUGUCUCACAUUAAAUAGCUGCUGAAUAACACCUGCUUAUUCCCCAGGAACUGGUGCCUCCUACUACGCAGUUGCAGUGGUGAAGAAAUCAAAUUCCGCCAUCAAUAUCAACAACCUGAAGGGAAAGAAGAGCUGCCACACAGGGAAAGGCCGAACAGCUGGCUGGAAUAUGCCUUUAGGAUACUUCAUAGACCAGGGCUUCAUGUCAGUGAUGGGCUGCAACAUCCCACAGGGUAAGAAGUAUUUAUUACAUCCACACAUAUAGACAUGCUAAGACUACACAGAAAGCUGAAGAGGCGUUUUGUGUGGUUUUGUGGUCAGGUGUGGCAAAUUUCUUCAAUGCAAGUUGCAUCCCCGGAGCGAAUGAGGCGGGCGACCCUGCGUCUUUGUGCCAGCUGUGCAAAGGAGACAGUACAGGAGCACACAAAUGUGAGAAGAGCGACAAAGAGAUGUACUUCAGCUAUGAGGGAGCUUUCAGGUAACAAACGUUCAUACUCCACAUAAUCUGUUGUAGAGAUGUGACAGGUGUGCAAUUCCACUUGGACCCAUAUCCUAAAGUCUUGACCUUUUUUUUAUGUUUUUGUGUUUUUAGAUGUCUGGUUGAAAAUGCAGGAGAGGUGGCUUUCAUCAAACACACAACUGUGGAGGAAAACACUGAUGGUGAGACUUUGUAGGACAGCCAGUAAUUCACGCACUACAGCAACAUUCCCUUUGUUUGUUAGCAUGUCCUUUAGCUAACCAGAUCAUUCACUAACUCACUACAGCAAGCAAAAAAAUUUUUUUUUGUAGGGCUGUAGGGGAAAGUCCUGCCUCCUUCACCUCUGAUCGGCUAGAAAAGCUGGAAACGUCACCACACACUCAAGCCAAAUGUGGGCUGUCGGCUCUGUGCAUCGAACAGAACAUUACAGAACAUUAUCGCACUUCUGAAUCUCCUAACCCUCAUCCUAACUCUAAUCCUAACCCUAACCUGACAGACGAUGACGUUUUCACAGCCAUUAACUGACCAGAUCAUUCACUAACUACAGCAACAGCCCCUUUGUUUGUUAGCUAACUAGAUUAAUUCACUAACUGCAGCAACAGUCCCUUUGUUUGUUAGUAUGUCUGAUAGCUAACCAGAUCAUUCCCACCCAGGUCAUGGUCCAUCCUGGGCUCAGUUACUGAAGUCAGCAGACUAUCAGCUCCUGUGUCGCGACGGUACCAGAGCUCCCGUGUCUCAGUGGAAAACCUGCCAUCUGGUCCGUGUCCCUCUUCGUGGGGUGAUAGUCGGCAAUCACAUCACUCCCUCCGUGGUGUUCAACAUGCUAACUGAGGGCCUGGUAUGUCAUUUAUUGAAAACUAAAAACAGCUUUUAAACUUUUGAGAUUUAGUGAGAGAGAGGAAGGAAAAUGUCGUUGCUACUUUUACAGUCCAAGCUGAUAAAAUAAAAGAUGUUAACUCCUCAUGUACAGUCAGUUUGACUUUAAACUUACACUGUGAAAUGGAACUAAAUAGCACUGUCCAUGUAUGAGUAAGUAAUUUUGUGUUUUUCUGCAGGAGAAAUCAAACUUCAACAUGUUUUCGUCUGCGGAUUAUGGUGGUGGAAAUUUGCUUUUCUCUGAAUCAUCCACCAUGUUUCAGUCGGUGGAGUCGGACAACCCUGUGAGCUGGAUGGGCCGUUUCUACAACAGUGCUAUGAAAGCCAUGGACUGUAAAACUGAAGGUGACGCACCUGUUUAUCUUCAUCUAAACCUCAUAUACUGUAAACUAGUCAAUCCAAAGAGUUCAUCUUGGACAUAUAAUCUUGUUUCAUCCUUGUUGUAUCUUCCUUUGUCAUCCAUUCAUCUUCUGAUAACCCAGAUGUCUUGCGGUGGUGCGUUCUGUCCGGUGGUGAGCAGCAGAAGUGCGGUGAUAUGGGCGCUGCCUUCAGCAGCAAACGUCUGACUCCAACCAUCCGGUGUGUCCGUGGCGACUCUGUGACUGACUGCAUGGAGAAGAUCAAGGUAACACACCUUUCUAACUGCCUUUUCUUAUCCAGCUUUUGAUUGGCCAAUAAAAAUAUAAACCAAGUCGUGAAAAUUGUACAUUGACACAAAAACAUUCAAAUAAGUUUUAAGCCUUCUUGGGUGUUAGCUAUAUGUUAACAGGGACAAUGUUAGCAAACUAUUGUUAAGGAAAAUGUCAUCAAGGUUAACGGUUGAUUUAACCAUUACCACGCUAGCAUUGUUAAUUAGCAUUUAAAGCUGCGGUGAGGAACCUUUGCUUUGUCUCUCUGUGGGCAAAGCCCCCUCAAAUCUUUACUUAACUUGUCCUUAACAUGCUUUAGUUAUAGAUUUUGACUAAACAAUCUUAUCUUGUUGAUAUCUGAAAGUCAAAUUUGUCGUUCAUUGUGAAUAUUUAAUAGAAACAGGGCUGUUUAGCUGUAAGGCCGACACCUACCUUCUGACACCUGGUCUCAAGCAUUACAAAUUGCGAUAUAUAAAUCUUAAUACUUGUCACCCAUGAUCUUGUUUGCUUUUGGAAGUCAUAAAAAGGCAUUAAUAUACAUUUCAGUCUAUUUCAUAAACAUAAAAAAUCCUUACAGGAGCUUUAAAUACAUAUUGUGUUUUGAAUCAGCUUUAGCGUAACACCAACUUAUUUUAACAUAAACUCCUAACUUAAAGCUCCUGUGAAAAACUUCAGUGUGUCAUUUAUUGUGAAUAUUUUUGUGUAAGUUGUUAAAUCAGGGCUGUUUCUUUAGCUGCUUAGCCAACAUCUACCCCCUCGCAAUGGUUUGAGGCAUUAAAAUUUACAAUAUAGAGAUCAUCAGUUUCGUUGUUGAUGGUCUUUUUUGUUUUUAUUUAUCAGAAAAAAAGAUUUAAUGCAAAUCUCAGUCUGUUUCAUAAAGAUUUAAAAAACUCUUCACUGGAGCUUUAAUUUUACUUGCUGAUAAACUAUAAUGAAAUAUAACUGCAGAUUUUUGUUCAAACUAAAUCAUGAAGACAAACCAACUCAGACCAAUCAUACAAAGCUAGCUAAAAUAAAUGAAAAGUACGAAGUUAUUGUUGUCCUUUUUUAACAGCUUUUUGUCACCUUAUGAAGGUCUUUGGCUGCUUUAUUGGCUUUAUUAGCAGGUCAGGUAUCUCAAACUCUUCUUUCUCUUUGUACAUUUGUGUAGAACAACGAGGCAGAUGCCAUCACUCUGGAUGGAGGUGACAUCUACACAGCAGGCAAAGACUACAGCUUAGUCCCAGCGACAGGCGAGAGCUACACAGGUAAAAAAAUAAAAAAAUAAAAAAACAACAACAGUGUAGUCUCAGCUUUUCCUUUAAACAGCAAAUUAAAGAUGUGAUUUUUCUAACCUCUACAGAUGACCGUGAUGGUGCCAUAUACUACGCAGUCGCUGUGGUGAAAAAGAGUAGCGCUGACAUCCGUAGCCUUGAUGACCUGCGGGGUCGCCGCUCCUGUCACACUGGGUACGGUCGCACAGCCGGCUGGAACAUCCCGGUAUCGUCGUUGAUAGAGAGGGGCCUGAUCACCCCCAAGCAAUGUCAGAUACCACAAGGUUAGUUGGACGUUUGAACUUCAAUAAUCCUACUUCAUGGAGAUCUAGUGGUCAAAACACAAGGAAAACUGUGAAUUAAAGGAAUAAUUGGCUAUUAUUGAGAGCAGAAAUUGUUAAAUUUAGUGUGAUUUGCUCAAACAAGGUGAUAUGUUUUUAACUAAUUACAACGGGAGCCAAUUUCUUUCUCUUAGUCUUAAAUAACUCGCUGUAUUCCCUGUUCUGAUGCUUAGCGGUGGGAGGAUUCUUCAAGGAGAGCUGUGUACCUGGCGCAAACCAGCCCAACUUUCCCAGCAGCCUUUGCGGACUUUGUGCUGGAGACGCCAAAGGAGAGAACAAGUGUGAGAAGGGAAAGGACCUGUUUGAUGGAUAUGACGGUGCCUUCAGGUACUAAAACCUGCAGAAACCCUCCAAAAUCUGCACAUAAUUAAGAUUACACAUUGGGUUUCAUGAGUUUAAUGUCCCUAUUGGAGAUAUUAUGAAGUGAUUACUGUUGUUUUAAUUUACAAUCACUCAGUUUACAGUAAGUUUUAAAAGCCAUCAGCUUUCAUUCAGAGAGAAACUGCUUCUGUCGAUUUGAAAUGAUGGAUGACUACAUUACCCAUAAGCCAUAGCUACAGUUGCUACAAAGAACAUCUGGGUUCUCCUGUCUGUCCACUCAGGUGUCUGGCCGUGGGAGAUGGAGAGGUGGCUUUCGUUAAACACUCCACUGUCUUCCAAAACACCGAUGGUAACGCAAAUCACCAAACUGUACAAAUACUUCUCCUAUUAGGAUGUCCAGAGUCUGAAUCGUGGUUUACUCUGUGUGUUCGUUCAGGUAAUGGUGACUCGUGGGCCGUGGAUCUCCUGUCAACAGACUACCAGCUGCUGUGUCCUCAUAACGCGAAAGCCGAGGUGUCCCAGUACAGGAGCUGUAACCUGGCCAGAGUCCCCUCUCACGCUGUGAUGGUGCGGCCCGACACCAACAUUCAUGCUGUCUAUGGAGUCCUGGAUCAGGCACAGGUAAGAGUCUCUGCACAUUUGAAAUGUAUGUGAGUGAAUUGGAGGCUUUGAGACCUUGAAACAGGUCAAUGCUGAGGAUUCUGGUCAAAUUUUUACAAGCACCAAACAAGUUGUAAGACUCUUGGUGAUCCGUUUAAAGCACAUAUAGGGAGUUUUUUGAUGUUCAUGAAAUAGACUGAAAUGAAUGUUGAUGCCUUUUCAUGAUAUCCAAAAGCAAGCAAGACCAUCAGAAACAAGACUGACAGUUUGAGGAUGUAAAGGCAUGAAAAAUAAACACCGCUUUGUUCACAGGGGGCGCCAAAUUGACACAAAAGUUUCUCAGAAGAGUUUUAAAGACGCUCUGACAUCUCAAAAGUAUUGAGUGGCAGCAAGAACACGUAGAAAAGUGAAGCAUAGAUGUACAGUUUAUCGAAGAUGUGAAUAUCAGUGGUUAGUUAUUUUUUUAGCUGUAAGGUUACUCAAAAAUUUUACUCUUUUUGUUCUCCUGCAGACAUAUUUCGGCAGUGAUACAGGAACCGCUUUCAAGAUGUUUGACUCCCAGGACUACGAGGGCACAGAUCUUGUCUUCAAAGACUCCACUGUUCGCCUGGUGGCUGUUGCUGAGAAAAAGACCUAUCAGGAGUGGCUGGGACAGGGAUACAUGGACUCUCUGGUCGACAUGCAGUGUAACUCUUCAAGUGCAGGUAAAAACAUACUGAACUACAUGAAUUACUGUUACGUCUUCGAGCACAAACAUCAAUAUAAGGACUACUUUUUAAUGUGUCAGAGAUACAUUUCUAUCUUCUCCCUCAUUUUACAGUCAUGUCCUCUGUAUGGCUGCUGCUGGUGACCCUGUUCAGCCUCAUGAUGACCAACCUCUGGAUGUAAAAGCCUCAAACAGCUUCGAGCGUCCAAGCUUUUCUCCUACUUCCUUAAUCACCACAUCUCCUCUUCACCUCCUUUAUCUAUCCAAGAGACCAUUUCAUCUGUUGUCCAAUCAAGACCCUCUCCUCCUUUUAAAUGGUUUUAUUCUACCUGAUUGUGAGAUGUUUUAAUACGUGGGAGGAUGGCAUGUUGUCGGGACUGCCUUUGGAUUUGAACGGUGCUAGUUUCUACGUAAAAGAGGCACUAAGUCUCCUGUUUUUGGGACGAGAGAAGAGGGUGUUGCCGCCACUUUGUUUACUGAAGGUGAGCUGCCAUAUCAGUGAGUAUGCUGCCACCUGUUACAUUGCUUUAGUGGACGAUGCAUCCCUUUCUCUGUGAAGAUAGUUUACAAAGAGCAGACAAUCUGACUUUUUUACAUUCAUAUGAGCCACAGAAAAUAUCAAGCUUCUCUGAUGUGGACAAAUUAAUCUUAGGGUGAUAAAAUCAACUUAUUAGGUCAACCAAUUUCUUGCGGCAGAGCCACGACAGAGAGCUCAUCCCCUCAAACGUUUAAUAACAUAUUGAUUCAUACUGACUCCAGAUCAGAUUCUCUGGUAUUUUAAAGGCUUCAUAUGAAUAUUAAAGUUAGAUUCCUGUUCUACUUUGCCGCCAGCUUUGUGAGUACGACUAACAAACACGGCCCUCUUUUUUUGUUUGGGCUGCGAUGAGCUUAUGCCAUAUCAGUGAAUAUGCACUAGUGUUACCUCCACACAGAGCUGUGCUGAGGAUGUUGUGAUGAUGAGUGACUGUUUGUCCAUAGGCUGUCUGCUUCAUGUAUUCUCCCCAGAUACUUAAAAGUCAAAGAGACAAUGAACUAAAUACACUUUUUGUAUUAAUAAUCUAAUGUUUUCAGAUUUUAAAGUUAGUGUGCUUUUCUCCUGCGGCUUCUUUUACAUCUUUGAUUUGAACUUUUGGACAAAGUUGGAGUAAGUUAGCCUGACUACAUGUCAGCUUCCAUCAGAUUUGGGGAGAACAUACAGGAAGCUUCCUGUAGUUUGUGUCUGAGUGAAUGAGCAUUUGCUUGGCUGGGAUAAAAAUCUGACUUUAAUUCACCACUUUAACCUGGCUGCCAUUUUUUUUUUCCAUCAUAACUCGCUAAUAUUAUCAAAUGUUAAAACACUGUCUGAGCUUAAGACAAUCUACAGUAUUGUAAUGAAUAUAACAUUUCUCUGUGCUUGUUCAGCAACUUAAAAAGACAUUGAUCUCACUCAAACAGCUCGCUCCUAAAUGUCCUCUAGCUAACCCAUUCUCGUCACAUCUCCUGUCUGUCCUUCCUGUUAAAAAUGUUGAUUUGGGUGUGUAUUUUCCUAUGUUGAGAGAUUUAUUUUUAUAUGAAGUUCAGAUGCCAUAUCAGUGUAUAUGUACUGACUCAUGCUGUCAGAAAUAAUACCUUCUCUUUCCUCCUGAUAAGAGAUUUAUUUCUUUGUGAAAUGAUUAUCAUGUAACUAAUAUUUAGUUGCCAGGCCAGUGCGUCUGCACGAGUAUUGCUACAUAAAGCUGCUGACUUGAGCUGUUUUCUGUGCUCGUUCAAAUAAAGAAAAGCUUCUGCAAA